UUUAUUUUUCAUUUAUGUUAAAUGAUCAGGAGUCAUAUAGAGAUGGUGAAGAGAUUCAAGGUAUGGACCUACAGAGAAGGAGCGCAGCCCAUAUUCCAUGAAGGGCCAUUGACCAACAUCUACGCCAUAGAGGGGCAGUUCAUCGAUGAAAUGGACUUUAUUGUUGGCAAGAGCCCUUUCAUUGCAAAACAUCCUGAUGAGGCACAUGCAUUUUUCCUACCUCUAAGUGUAGUAAAAGUAGUUCAAUUCCUCUACCUCCCCAUUACUUCCCCAGAAGACUACUCCCGCAAGCGACUGCAACGCAUUGUAACCGACUAUGUUAAGGUUGUAGCAGACAAAUAUCCGUACUGGAAUAGAAGUGGUGGUGCUGACCAUUUCAUGGUUUCUUGUCAUGACUGGGCGCCAUCCGUUUCAUAUGCAAACCCUGAGCUAUUCAAGAAUUUCAUCAGGGUCCUUUGCAAUGCAAACAGCUCAGAAGGAUUCAGGCCAGGAAGAGAUGUCUCACUGCCAGAAGUCAACUUGCCCGCCGGGGAGCUUGGGCCACCACACCUGGGCCAACCCUCAAACAACCGCCCAGUCCUGGCCUUUUUUGCCGGAAGAGCCCAUGGCAACAUCAGGAAAAUUUUAUUUGAGCAUUGGAAGGACCAAGAUAAUGAAGUACUUGUCCAUGAGCGCCUCCAUAAAGGCCAAAACUACGCCAAAUUAAUGGGCCAAAGCAAGUUUUGCCUGUGCCCAAGCGGCUAUGAAGUGGCAAGCCCUCGAGUAGUGGAGGCAAUUCAUGCAGGAUGCGUCCCAGUGAUAAUUUCCAACAACUAUUCUUUGCCUUUUAAUGACGUCCUUGAUUGGAGCCAAUUUUCGAUACAAAUUCCAGUAGCAAAGAUACCAGAAAUUAAGACCAUCUUGCUAGGCAUUUCAAAAAAUAAGUAUUUAAAAAUGCAGGAAAGGGUGCUAAGAGUGCGGAGGCAUUUUGUGCUGAACCGGCCAGCUAGGCCUUUCGAUAUCAUUCAUAUGAUCCUUCACUCAUUGUGGCUUAGAAGGCUUAACUUCGGGCUGCCACAUUGA